CCAGACGGGCAACACUCUGAUUGGUGGGGAACGCAAGCAUCACGUGUCUGGGGUCACCGGCGCAACUAAAGGCGAAGCGCCGGGAGCGCACGUGGGGCUGUUUGGGCCGGCCCCUUUGCGGGCUUUCUUUUGUUGAAGCAUCAAACAUAAGCACCUUCCCUGCGCUCCCGAGGGGUUAGAACGGAACACUAAGAUCCUGCGAGCUCCGCAAUCUGCAACGACAACUCGGGCACGAGCAGCAUCCAAGCAUCCAACAUAACCAUCAUUAGCAGCAGCAGCAGCCGCAGCAACAGCUCUAUCUCCAUCUCCAACUCCAUCUGCGUGUUUCCAUCACCUCCUCAUCCCCUCACGCGCGCUCCUGGAUCCAUCAUGUCCAGGUCCUUCUACGUUGACUCUCUCAUCAUCAAGGACCCCGCGCGGCCCUCAGUCCUGAGCGAACGCCUUGCGCACGACUUCCUCUUCCCUGUUGGCGUGCACGCGCCGGGCGCAAUCAGUGUGGGCGCGCCUACGUGCCCGUCGCGCAAAACCGGCGCUCUGUGCAUGUGCCCCCUCUGCGUGGCCACGCACGUACAUGUGCCGCCGCCGCCGCGCUCUGGCGGAGGAGCCCUCGCGCUCCUCAAGGCUCCUCCGGGCUUCGGGAGCGCCGACGCGCCGCCUUGCUGCCCUAGGCUCGCGCAUCACCAUCAGCAUCAGGGUCCUGCGCUCGCGCACGCCGCCCACGGACACGCGCCCGUGUGCGCACCCACAGCCUACGGCGUCACGGACCCACGGCGCUACCACUGCGUGACCCUCGGCGCAUCUGACAGCAGUCCCGUGCAGGGUGGCAAGCGCAUGCGCACGGCCUUCACCAGCACUCAGCUUCUGGAGCUGGAGCGCGAGUUCUCCUCCAACAUGUACCUGUCGCGCCUGCGCCGCAUCGAGAUCGCCACGUACCUGAACCUGAGCGAGAAGCAGGUAAAGAUCUGGUUCCAGAACCGCCGCGUCAAGCACAAGAAGGAGGGCAAGGGCGCGCAGCGAGGCGCGCACGGAGCCUGCAAGUGCACGGGCGUCGGCGGCGGCGUGCACGGGCACGCGCAUUACCCGCGCUCGGAGGAUGAGGAGUCCAUGUCACCCGGGUCAACCACGGAGGAGAAAGAGGCGUCGCCCGUUUAACGGUCUGGCAGACUGACGGAAUGGACUGUGUUCACACCGAGCAGCACUUAGUCUCUCAGAGGAAUCCCAGCGUGUCCAAACCCGGUAGAUUCAGGACAGAAAAGUGGAUUUGGUUUCUCUGUUUCCUAAGACUGUUUUUACGCAAACAGUUGAAAUCUGUGUGUUUUCUUCAUGCAUCCUUUUCUACCUGAUUCGUGUUUGAAACGUGUUUGUUUAUGCGCGAAACUGUUGCAUCUUGUAAAUACGCCCACUUUGGGGGUGGUGAGGGUUUGUGUUACAUAACUAAGAAACUGUGAUUUAGUUCUGUUUUCUUUCUCACCUGAAUUUUAUGUGCAUUGUAUGCAGAAUGUGUAUAUUUGUAUAUUUAUUUAAAUAAAAGGAAACUUCAUAAGUGCGUCAUUACGCACAACCCCGCAA